UACUGUGGUCCGGGAGGCAAUGGAUGGAACCGGGACCAGGACUCGUCCCAGCGGAGGCGCGCACCGAUGACGCACAGCCUGGCGUCCUAGCAACGCGGUUACUAGGGGAGCGGCAAGCAGUCUGAGACAUGGAUGCGACCACUGCCCCGCACCUCAUCCCCCCGGAAAUGCCUCAGUACGGGGAGGACAACCACAUCUUCGAGAUGAUGCAGAAUAUGCUGGAACAGCUCCUGAUCCACCAGCCAGUGGACCCCAUCCCCUUCAUGAUCAAUCAUCUGCGCCGGAACAAUGACAAUGUGCCGAAGGUUGUGAUAUUAGGUCCGCCUGCCUCAGGGAAAACCACCAUCGCAAUGUGGCUCUGCAAACAUCUCAACAGCAAUCUCAUCACCAAGGAGAACUUGUUAGAAAGAGAGUUUUCUAGUCUGGCUGAGGAAGCCAAGAGACACUACCAGAUUUAUAAGAGGAUUCCCAAUUCAAUACUUAUCAGCCUGGUCCAGGAGCGCCUGCGUGAGGAUGACUGCCUCAGGAAGGGCUGGAUCCUAGAUGGCAUCCCUGAGAGACGGGAGCAGGCACUGAUGAUCCAGACUGUGGGGCUGGCACCCAAGCAUGUCAUUGUACUUAAUGCUCCGGACACAGUCCUGAUUGAGAGAAAUGUGGGGAAGCGAAUCGACCCUGUCACUGGAGAGAUCUAUCACACCACCUUUGACUGGCCCCCUGAGCCUGACAUACAGAACCGGCUGAUAGAGCCAGAGGGCAUCUCAGAGAUAGAGACAGCAAAGAAGCUGCUAGAAUAUCACAGAAACAUCAUCCGAAUUCUUCCUUCGUACCCGAAAAUCCUGAAAAACAUCAGUGCAGACCAGCCAUGUGUGGACGUCUUCUACCAAGCUCUGACCUACGUUCAAACUGGCCACCGAUGCAAUGCCCCAUUCACCCCCAAGGUGCUGCUAUGUGGGGCAAUGGGCUCUGGGAAGAGCUUGCAGGCAGCCCUUCUGGCCCAGAGAUAUGGCCUUGUUGACGUCUGCUGCGGGCAGCUGCUGAAGGAAGCUGUGGCAGCCAAGUCAAGCUUCGGGGAGCUCAUCCAGCCGUUCUUUGAAAAGAGGAUGACAGUACCAGACAGUAUCAUCACCAAGGCUCUGGCUGAGCGUCUGGGCCAACAAGACUGCAUCCGGAAAGGGUGGGUGCUGCACGGCUUCCCGAGAGACCUGGACCAGGCACGGAUGCUGACCUCUAUGGGCUACACUCCCAACAGGGUAUUCUUCCUCAACGUGCCAUUGGAUUCCAUCCUGGAGCGACUGACGCUGAGAAGGACUGACCCUGUCACAGGAGAAAGGUUCCAUCUUAUGUACAAGCCCCCUCCCACUAUUGAAGUUCAGGCCCGUCUCCUGCAGAACCCCAAGGACUCAGAGGAGUACAUCAGGCUCCGAACAGACCUGUUCUACAGGAACUCCGGGGACCUGGAGCAGUACUAUGACCGGGCCAUCACUGUCAACGGGGACCAGGACCCAUACACCGUCUUUGAGUAUAUAGAGAGUGGGAUCAUUAAUCCUCUGCCCAAGAAAGUGACUUGAUACAUGUAAAGCCAGGAGCAAGCCCUGGAGACACUA